GCGGGGUUGGGUCGGCCGGCGGCGGUGCUGAGGGAGGCCCUUUCCGGGGACGAUGCCGUCCGCCUUCUCAGUCAGCUCUUUCCCCGUUAGCAUUCCCGCCGUGAUCGCGCAGACGGACUGGACGGAGCCCUGGCUCCUGGGGCUGGCCGGCUUCCACGUGCUCUGCCUGCUGCUCACCUGCCUGUCCUCCCAGAGGUACCGACUGCAGGUCGGGCACUUCCUGUGCCUAGUGACUUUAGUCUACUGUGCUGAAUAUAUCAAUGAAGCGGCGGCCAUGAACUGGAGGUUGUUUUCAAAAUACCAGUAUUUCGAUUCAAGGGGGAUGUUCAUUUCGUUAGUGUUCUCAGCGCCGUUGCUGUUGAACGCCAUGAUCAUCGUGGUUAUGUGGGUGCGAAAGACUUUGAAUGUGAUGACCGACCUGAAGAACUUACAAGAGAAGAGGAAAGAAAGGAAGAGGAGAAGAAAGGAAGAGUGAGCCAGCAGCUGCUGUGGUGUUGGGCUGCUUUUCCUCCCGUGUUCUCCCGGGGUCAAAAUGCACAUCACGGGCCACCUGUUCAGCAGCCGAGCCGUGUGUGUCACGAUGGUUCUUUACUGCGACGUCCACAUUGUAGAACACACUCUGAAGCUGGCUUUUAGAACAAACCCUGAUGUCCACCCAGGUGUCCGUUACCCUGUGUCUGUCUGUAGGACGUCAGAGUCUCUCUGGGUCUGCCAUGUACACAGCUGGUGUCUGUGCAGAGCCUUUCGUGAUUUGCCAAGGAGCUCACAUCAUCUCUUUGAUUAUUAUCAAUUAUAACACAUUGGAUUAAUAUAAAAAUGUUAAAUUAAAUACAAAAGUCCCCCGUAUCUGUGGUUUCACUUGCCUUGGUUUCAGUUACCCGAGGUCAACCACAGUCCCAAAAUUUUCAGUGGAAAAUUCCAGAAAUAAACAAUUCAUAAGUUUUAAAUUGCA